AUGAGCAAAUUUCUUAUUGCGGUUCUGCUGCUCUCACUUCUUAAUGAUGGGAACCAUGUGGUCACACCAUGGGAAGAUCAAGACUUCUUUAAAAGUUGUCCACCGUCAAAGUGCAACAAAGAUGGGCCUGUGAUCCGCUUCCCACACCGGCUUGAAUCCAAGGAUGCAUCAUGCGGCGCACCUGGUAUGUAUUUAUCGUGCUCUGGAGAAGAUACUAUCAUGAGUCACCCGAUCAUGGGCUCGUGCAAAGUGACCGCAAUAAAUUACAAGCAUGGCACCAUGAAGGUCAUCCCGCUUGUAGAGUCCUUGUCUCACUGCCCAAUUCAGAAGAUCAUCUCAACCAGUCUAUCAACUGAUUAUCGCAACACCAGUGUUGGUUCACUGUCCAAUUCAGAGGAUAAGACACCAUAUGUUGAUGAACAUGCAAGCUUACUAUGUUGUUCAAGAGAGUUCACACCAAGUGCUGAAGCUUAUAAUUUUGUUGGCCCGAUCUCUUGUCUCAGUGAUGUGUGCAGUCUAUCAUAUUUGGUGGCUGCUCAAAUAUCCGUCUAUGUUCUUCCAUUAGACUGCAAGGUGGCUGCUCAUCGCAUCCGUAUACCCCGCGCAUAUAACAAGGAUGACGAGUAUUAUGAGGACUUGACCUUCAACGAGAGGGCAACCAGAAUCAUUAACUUUUCUGAGACUACACUUGCUUGGUCAGUUCGUGACAUUACCGACGUUCGCAUACAAUGUGAACAAGAAGGGAGACACUGUGGAUUCAGCUCACAGAGGAGGCUAGUAUUUUGCCAGCGUCAUGGUUCGCGUGUCAAAAUCAUUGCAGUGACAUCAUCUAUGGCGAUAUUUCUAGUUAUUUUAUUAGUGGUGGCUACUGUGUUCUAUCGUUCCCUGAAGUCAAAAUAUGAUGAAGAGGUACAUUUGAAGGUUGAAAUGUUUCUCAAGACUUAUGGAACACUGAAACCCACAAGAUACACAUUCUCUGACAUUAAGCAGAUAGCAAGACGGUUUAAAGACAAAGUAGGGCAGGGGGGAUUUGGCAGUGUAUACAGAGGAGAACUGCCAAACGGAGUGCCUGUAGCAGUCAAGAUGCUAGAAGAUUUAAAUGGAGAGGGGGACGAAUUCAUCAGUGAAAUAGCAACUAUUGGGAGAAUCCAUCAUGCCAACGUGGUCCGUCUUCUGGGCUUUUGCUCAGAAGGAACACGACGUGCUCUUAUUUAUGAAUUCAUGCCUAACGGAUCAUUGGAGAACUAUAUAUUCGCAUGUGACUCUAGUAGUUCACACGAAUUCCUAGUACCAGACAAGAUGUUGGAUAUUGCCUUAGGCAUUGCCCGAGGAAUCGAGUACCUGCAUCAAGGGUGCAGCCAGCGUAUCCUCCACUUUGAUAUCAAGCCUCACAACAUCCUGCUGGACUACAGCUUCAAUCCAAAGAUUUCAGACUUUAGGCUAGCUAAAAUGUAUGCAAGGGAUAAAAGUAUUGUUACCUUAACUGCAGCAAGAGGGACUAUCGGCUAUAUUGCACCAGAACUAUAUUCUCGGGACUUUGGUGCGAUAUCCUGUAAGUCAGAUAUUUAUAGUUUUGGCAUGCUUGUGUUAGAAAUGGUGAGUGGGAGGAGAAACUUGGACCCAAUGAUUGAGAACCAAAAUGAGGUUUAUUUUCCAGAGUGGAUAUACGAGAUAAUAUUCAAUGGGAGGGACUUGGUACUUACUAGGGAAAUGGGACAAGAAGGGAAAGAAAUGGUGCGACAACUCGCCAUUGUGGCACUAUGGUGCAUUCAGUGGAACCCGAAUAAUCGGCCCACAAUGUCAAAGGUAGUAAACAUGUUGGAAGGCAGACUACAGGAUCUUCAAAUGCCCCCUAAGCCAUUUGUCUAAUCAUCCAAAAGCCAUCCUAAAGGAGAACUAGAGGACAUAAUGCUAUCACCCGAGUUA